GACAGGGGGAAAGGCACUUUUUAUUCACGCGUGAAAACGUGGUAGGAUUUAUAAAAGAUAAGAUGAUCUUCUCGCUGGAGUAUCUCUCUCCAGUACAGCAGGUGGCGCUAUGCAGCGCUUUAGUCCGCCGAUUAACCACUAAAGAAAGAAAGAGCUCGCGUGUGAUGUGUUUGUUUAUCCUCAGUGUUUUUCCCUCUUGAGUGUUUUAUUGAGUGUAAACAGAGUCUUGUCUGUGUGUAUUUUAGUGUUGAUGAUGAGAGAUGAGAUGUGCUGUAAAUCAGUAAGAACUGAUCUGUCCAUGCUGGAUAUUGAUGAUUUCAUCACAGAAAUCUCUCAGCUGAAGAAAGAGGUGGCGUUACUGGAGACAAAGCUGAGGUUAAGAGGAGAUGAAGGACUGAAGAGAGAGGACUCCGAGCUCAGUCUGACUUUACUCUGUUAUACUGAGUCAAAGCCCACAGACGCUCAGGACACUACAGUGUGUGACAGUAAUCAGGGCUUACAGGAUGAGGAAUCUACUGAUCAAACCUCCACAGAGUCUCUGGAUUCUGUCUGUAACGCUGGAGAACAGCAGCAGAUCCUGCAGACCACACUCAAGAUGUGUUCAGUCAAACUGGAGGACUGCAAGAACCUCAUGAUGAAGACGAGAAGAGAAACCACAGAAGAGGAAGAUCAGACUGAUGAUGAUGAUGAUGAUGGUAAUGAUGAUUCUACUUCUUCAGAUGAGAAGGGUGAUUCAUGUAGUGAUGGAGAAAUAACGUCCUUGACAUCAAAAGAGCAACUUACAGUAAAAACAUUUUCCUGCCUCACCUGUGGAAAGACAAUGAGCUCGAGAGGAUAUUUAAAGAGACAUGAAAGAAAACACACACAACAGAAACUCUUCACUUGCAGGAGAUGUAAGAUCAGCUUUACUAGCUUACAAGAACAGAGACGUCAUUCAGAAGAGCACAGAAAAAAGCAGCAGUUUCACUGUCAACAGUGUGGGAAGGAUUUUGACUUCUUAUCUCAACUAAAACGCCACAUGAGGACACACAGUGGUGAAAAGCCUUUCCUUUGCACCGAAUGUGGCAAAUAUUUAAGCAGCAAACACAAUCUUGAUGCUCAUAAGAGAAUUCACACAGGAGAAAAACCAUACAAGUGUCCUCACUGUAAGAAGAGAUUUUCCUAUGCAUACUGUCUUAAGGCACAUGCGUUUAUACACACCAAUGAGAGACCGUAUCAGUGCAGUAAAUGUGACAAAGCCUUUAGGUUUUUAGGCUCUUUUCAAUCUCAUCAAAAAACACACAGUGAGGAGAAACACUAUCAGUGUUCUCACUGUGAUAAACGUUUUUGUCAAAAAGUUCAUCUGAAAGUCCAUGAGAGAGUUCACACUGGAGAGAGACCUUACGUCUGCUCUCAGUGUGGUAAGGGCUUCUCUAAUCCAUAUUAUGUUAGACUUCAUGAGAGAGUUCAUACUGGAGAGAAACCUCAUCACUGUGGUUUUUGUGGAAAGAGAUUCAGUGUACAUAGUGUUUUAGUAAAACACCAAAGAAUUCAUACAGGUGAAAAACCUUUCAAAUGCUCUCAGUGUGAGAAGACGUUUACUCAGUUAAGUACCUUAAAAUAUCAUCAGAGACUUCACACUGGAGAGAAACCUUACGUCUGCUCUCAAUGUGGGAAGAGCUUCGCUGGUCUAAGUACUUUUAAAGUUCAUCAGAGAGUUCACACCGGAGAAACACCUUACCCCUGUAGUGAUUGUGAGAAGAGUUUCAGUCAACUGCCAAACUUGCUAGCGCACCAGAGAAUUCAUACAGGAGAAAAACGUUAUAAAUGCUCUCAGUGUGACAAGACGUUUACUCAGUCAGGUUACUUAAAAAUCCAUGAGAGACUUCAUACAGGAGAGAAACCUUACGUCUGCUCUCAAUGUGGAAAGAGCUUCUCUAAUCCGUAUUAUUUUAGAUUUCAUCAGAGAGUUCACACUGAAGAGAAACCUUACUAGUAGUAAAUCUCUCCACGGAUCGACUAAAGUAGGAUCUUUAAAGGCUCAUAAAAAGACACAUACUGAAGAGAAAAACAACACUUGAAUCUCCAAAGCUUUGUGUUUAUUCAGAAUAAAUUAACUGAACUUUCAUGUCAAUUGGAAACCAAAACUAUUGUGCAUGUUUCAAUGGAUGUAGGUGUAUGUUUUGAUGGGAAUAAGCCAACAGAAAUCGUCUUGAAGAACUGAUAAAAUGUUAUAACUUUGUACAGCAGUUUUCAUAUUAUUGCUUCUUAGGAUGAAUAAUUGUUUUGUUGUUAUUUUUUCAAUUUUCUAAGUAGCUUUAAAUAAAAAUGGUUAUAGGUUAGCGA